UAUUAAAAAAAGAGAAUUCCAGCAAAAUGUCGACUGAAAUAGAAACGAGUUUGUUAGUGGUCGUUCUGGAUGUCAAUCCGAUGCAGCGUAUAGUGAAGCAAGAAACCAAGAUACUGUCACAGUGUUUAGACUCUACAAUUGUUUUUGCCAAUGCUCACCUUAUGCAAUCGUCCAAUAAUGAACUGGCGAUAAUGUCAUGCCACGGUCAUGGUGCUAGAUUUCUCUAUCCUUGUGAAAACGCAAUAGAAAUAAGACAAAUGGAUGGACAGUACGAAAAGUUUACCAUGGUAGAACGCACGGUGCGUCAGCAAUUGCAGCAAGUCAUUAAUGAAAUCUCCAUGGAUGUUCCAUUGAAUAUGGAGAGUCUUAUCUCUGGUGCACUCAGUAUGGCAUUGUGCUAUAUCGCUCGGUUGGAGCGAGAAAAAGUUGCUGGCCAGAAGUUGCAUCCUAGGGUGCUGGUGAUUACUGCCAGCAAUGACUCAGCCACGCAGUACAUGAAUUAUAUGAACAUAUUCUUCACUGCACAGAGAAUGAAUGUCAUUUUGGAUGUGUGCAGCUUGGAUCAAGAGCUGACACUCUUGCAACAGGGCUGCGAUAUUACUGGCGGUAAUUACCUGAAGGUACCACAGCUUGCUGGAUUGCUGCAGUAUUUACUGUGGGUUUUCCUGCCAGAUCCCAAUGUUAGAUCAAAAUUGGUUCUUCCUCCGCCAGUAAAGGUGGAUUAUAGGGCAGCGUGUUUUUGCCAUCAGGAACUUAUUGAUAUUGGAUACGUUUGUUCUAUAUGUUUAUCAAUCUUCUGUAAGUUCAGUCCAAUAUGUACUACUUGCCACACGGUAUUCAAGAUGCCAGGACCUAUGCCAAUAAAGAUGAAGAAGAAGAAGAAAAACAUAGACAUCGUCCAUUAAUUGUAUAUUUCAC